AUUAUUGAAUUGCAGCAAUUAUAGCCAGUAGAAAUUUAGAUAGAUUUUAUGUAAGAAUCAAUCGUUAUUCUUUUUUCAGAUAUUUGCAUUCGAUGCAUAUUUGAUACGAAAUAAUGAAAUCCGGAUAGUUACAAUUCGGAAGUGUAGAAAUAAUAAAAAACUAUUUUUACGGGUCGCGGCCAACGGUACCUCACAAAUGCUUAGCCUUCGCAGUUAUCCAGUUCAAAAAUGUCCUUGGUUUUUUGCGCCACAGACAUUUGCUGCUUUGAUUUUCAGGUGUCAUUUUGUUGGAUACUUAGUGAGUGGUUUUAUAACAAACAAGGAUAUCCUUACCUCGAUCCAGCACGACAUAAUGCCAACUUUAGAAAUUGGGAAUGGAACGGCGUCCUCAGUGUUGCAAAGCAUAGAUUUAGUGGACGUUAGACUGAAGAGCACUAUUGGACGACACACACUUGCUGUUUGCUUGCAGCCCAUAUUCUUUUUUGCUGAUUGGACAUUAUUAAUCCAGUUUUUUGAGACUUGGAUUACACAAGGUGCAACAAAAUUCUUCAUUUAUCUACAAUCACUUUCUCCAGAAGCUGACGAGCUUCUUCGCGUGUAUGAAGCUGAUCCGGAUAUUGAUGUAGAACGUGUACACUGGGCUCCUUUACCUAAUGAUGACCCUGAAAAUGAGCCAAACAAUUAUGUUUAUAGGGGCGAGGUAGUCGCUUCUGUCAACGACUGUGUUCUUCGAAGCAGAGGUCAGGCAAGGCUAGUAGUAUCGUCAGAUCUUGAUGAAGUUAUUUAUGCCUACAACCAAUCGUUAAUCUCCUUGAUGGAAAGGCUGCUUCAGAAACAUACAAAAGCUGCAGCGUUUCUUUUUCGAACAAGUUUUGCGUCUUUUGAGGUUGCUGAGAAAAACUAG